AGCAGCUAACGGUUAACAAAGCAGAUCCAUGUGAUCCACCCCAGAUGAAUUAUGGAACAUGUAAAUAGCACUAAUACCAGACAACCGCACCAUCAGCACCAGCACGAGCAGUUGCAGCAGCACCAGUUCGAGCAGCAGCUGCAGCACAGCGAGAACCAGCAGCAGUUCUGUCUUCGAUGGCACAAUCACCAGUCCAGUUUGCUGAGCACUCUGCCGGUGCUGCUGGACCAGUCGCAUCUGACGGAUGUCACCAUCUCGGCGGAGGGCCGCCAGUUGCGGGCACACCGCGUGGUUUUGAGCGCCUGCAGCAGCUUUUUCAUGGAGAUCUUCCGUGCUCUGGAGGCUAAUAGCCAUCCCGUCAUCAUCAUACCGGGAGCCAGUUUCGCAGCCAUUGUGGCGCUGCUUACCUUCAUGUACUCCGGCGAGGUGAACGUCUACGAGGAGCAAAUACCCAUGCUGCUAAAUUUGGCCGAGACGCUAGGCAUCAAGGGACUGGCCGAUGUCCAGAAUAACAACCUACCAAAGACAACGCGAAGUGAAUCAGCAUCCUACAUGAAUCCGUCCAACGAGAAGUCGUCAGAGUUCGAACGUCCCACAACGCCCUCGCCCACGCCCACACCUACGCCAUCUCACACGCCCACACCUGCCCUACCACUACCCUUGCCCCAGAUGCCGAGUCCUGCUCUGACCACCCCUCUACUGGCUAACAAGCUGGGGUCAGUGGGGUCUGCAGCAAUGGGAACGACGCCCCUGGAAAACCUUUUUAAGUCGCUCCAGUUCUAUCCUAGCCUGUUGCCCCAGCCGCUUAACUUUUCUCAAACGGCACUGAACAAGACCUCGGAGCUACUGGCCAAAUACCAGCAACAGUGCCAGCUUUACCAGAGCGGGGUGCAGGAGGAUCACCAGGAGGCGGACUGCUUCGGAGCUAAGCGGCUCAAAGGCGAAAGCCCGCCCAAGGAGUUCAGGCGGCUGGACAAGAGCCUGCCCAAGACCCCGAAAAGCGCUUCAGCCAACAGCAGUAGCAAGUCCCCCCAGUCCGCCAUUAUGGCCACCUCGCCAGUUACCCUCGCCCCUGCAAUGGCUCACUUCUCCCCCCAGUUGCCGGUGGUCAAAUGCUCCUCAGUCAGCUACCCCAACCCCGUGAGCCAAGGUCAACUGUAUAGCAACAAGCCGCCGCUUUACAGCGUCGCUGCUACGCCCACGACGGCCCAGCAAGCGGCCCAGAUGCACCACCAGCAGGUGCCGGCGGUCACGCCCUACAUUUCGCCCGAGGACCAUGCCAAACUGCAGCUACACAUUGAGCAAUACCAGAGAGAGGCAGCUGCGGCAGUAGCCGCCGCCGGGGGAAUGGUCAGCGCCAAGUCAGAGCCGAACCUGCUCUCGCUUGGCGCCGACCGCGACAAGGCGCUGCCCCCCGUCGCCAUAAAGCCGCCGUCCAACUCCAAGCUGUACGCCACUUGCUUCAUCUGUCAUAAACAACUGAGCAACCAAUACAACCUACGCGUGCAUCUGGAAACCCAUCAGAAUGUGAGAUACGCAUGUAAUGUCUGCUCCCACGUGUCCCGCAGUAAGGACGCCCUAAGGAAACACGUCAGCUACCGCCACCCGGGAGCUCCGUCACCCUGUGAGAACGAGGCCAGGCGAAAGCGGGUUUCCAAGCUGACGCCAACUUCUGUGCAGGCAGCCACCACCAUGCCUGUGCCCGUAAGUCAUACAGUGACUAGCGGGGAAGUUGGUACAACGACGACGACAGCAAUUGGGUGUCCUAGUCAUGAGGGUCGGAAUCCGUACCUUUUCCUCCCCAAUCAGUUUCAGAUGGCGGCCGCUGCAGCCGCCGUUGCAGUUGCCGAUUCCUCGCCACCUAUUGGGCAGUCAUCACUGGACUUGGGACCCGAGCCAUCGCCGGUCGUUAAGAGCGAACGGGAGCUGUCGUCUGCUAGUAACGGAGAGGCAACAGGCGUUGAGACAACAGCGGUGGCCACCUGAGGGAACAAUUUGCUUCAAUAUCGACUUCAAUUUUUCAGUUCACCACACAUAAGCACAUAAAAGGAACAUCCCCGCACAUGCAGAAGUGUUGGCAAGCUCUUAAUUGAGUAAAAAAGAUAGUUGGACCAAAGAUCUCAUGAUAAAAAGAUGCAUGACGUCCAUACACUUAAAUGGCGAUACUCUAGCACCUCUCGUUAUCCUCCCCAAAACGAAAAAUUCGAGUGCAAAAUAUCAUAUGGCGCUACCCAUCUUAUUAUUAUAAGAUCCUUCGGUCACGCUGUGCCCUGCACUGAAUCUAUUAGCCCCACCGAAACCAACGUCUUAGACCCGGCUGUGAUAAUUAGCGCAAUUCGUUUUCGUUUUCUACACAUACACAUGCGAGCGCCUAUCUUAAUUUAUAAUUAUAUUUUUAGCACAAAUUUAUGUUUAUUUCGCUGAGCUCCAGCCUGCUUAAACGGACAAAUGUCGAGAAGCAUGGCGGUCGCAUUGUGCUCCUUAAACUGUAGCAACCUCCGAGGCUAUCGAACUGCAAGUUACAAUUACCUUUCGCUUUCACACGCCCACACAUUCAAGUAUACUAAGAAAGUUUUAUAUAAAUAUUGUAAUUAUAUACACACCAGAACACGUACACACUUUUGCACACAAAAAGACAGGGUGAAAACCUACGACACUAAAGUCCCAAGUUUAAAAGAAAUAAAUUUUUAAGACAAAUA